AUGGAUUCACCAGCAUCUCCCCCCAAGCGGGUUACUCGAUCAAGAGCUGCUCCUAGGAGCAGUGCGACCUCGGGCACAGCAGCCUCUGCGGCCAAGUCCAAGCCGGUCACCGCGGCGUCAAGGACCAAGACGACCCGUACUGCUGCUGCUCCCGCCGUCAAGGCUUCUACCCUCGCCGCCCCAUCUACAAGGACAUCGGUCAAGCGUAAGACGCGGGCCGACGACGACGAAGAUGACAGCGAGGCCGAGACGACUGCCAAACGGCAACAGCCGGCCUCCAGGACUGCCGUCAGAGCCACACGCGGUCCAGGCCGGCCCAAGAAGAUUGUCGACCCCGAGCCUGCGACUACCCCCGCGCCCGCCCCUGCUCGAGCCACACGUGGCAGGCCGGCCAAGAAACCUGCCAAAGAGGUCGUAAAGGAUGAGGAACCAACAAGGACUACUCGAACACGGACGAAGAAGACACAGGUUGGCGAGGACGAGGGUGCAGAUGAUCUCGCACCAGCAGCACCCGUCAAGAAACCCACCCGUGGUCGCCCUGCUGGGUCCACCAACUCCACGAGUGCGCAAGCAUCCAAGCCUGUCAAGAAGACCGUCACUUUCGCGGAGCCUGACAAGGAAAAUCUUGCCCCAUCUGCAGGAACCAAGCGCAAGCCCACAGCUACCAAGCCCGCCGAGCCCACCACCGCUGGCAUGCGAGCAAAGCCGGUGCGAAAGCCUGCAACUGCCCGCGCGACCAGGACAGCCGCAACAAAGAAGCGCACCGGCGACGUCGAAGACAAGGCGAUGCCCCUCAGCCCUAAGAAGGUUACACAGUUGUCUGCGAACAGGGACAUUGACACCGAGUCGGAGGAUGAACUUGCUAUGGACAGGGCACCCUCAAGGGCUUUCCGCCGGACCCCCAUGAAACCUCCUGCAGCCAUGAAGCCCAAGGAUGAGGCCAAGGACGAAAAGCUACCUGCAGAGGAAGGUACAGGGCUGUUGGCUCCUGCAGAGCCCACCGUUCUGCUUGGUAGCCCCGUACGAAGACCACCUCCGUCGCCUUUCAAGGACUCUAUGAAAUCUCCUGCCAAGAGGAUAGAGGGUCUUCAGUUGGGACUUCCUGCAAUCAAGGAGUCUACCCAGUCAGCCACCUCCCCAGCCAAGGCCUCCUUGUUCAACUCACCGGCAAAGCGAGGCCCUCUGCCGAUCAACCCUCUUGAUCUCGGCUCGUCUAGCCCAAAGCGCCCGUUCUCGCCCAUGAAAACCCUGAGGCUGCCGGAGCCAGAGCCGGAGAUCGUCACACGGUCUCCUGCUCCGACGCCCGUGCUGCUUUGCACACCGUUCCCGGCGCCCGCAGUCGAGGAACAUGAGGAGGCUAAAGCCUCUGAGUCAGACUCAGAGCCUGUUGAGGCCCCUGUUGACGAAGAAGCGACUGAUGAUGAGGACGUUCAGUCUCCUUCAGGUGCCCAAUUCAAUGGCCGGAUGUCCACGGUCCUGCCUCGUGAAGCGGAUCCUACAUUGACUGUCGAUACGUCUCUCUCAAAGGAGUCCAUUGAAGACGAGGAAGAUGACCGGGAAACGGUCGUUCUCGAGCAGGACCAUGAGCAAGAGAAUGAGCACGAGCCCGAGCACGAGCAUGAGCGCAACGACGUUGGAGAAACCCAAGAGGAAUCCAUAGUCUUGGACGAGGUUGUGGUGGAGGGUGAAAGCGUUGCCCAGGACAGCAUCAGCACCACACCACCAAAUUCACCUCCCAAGCAGGCACUGAGCAUGUUCGGACUUCAGCCAAGGGACACUUUCUCCAUUGAUAUGAGCUUCACGGAGUCCGAGGAUGAGCUCACCCGCGUGGUGACCCCGGAGUCGGCAUCUCCCACCAAACAAAUGAGAGGCAGCAUCAUGAGGCCCCGGACUUCUGGAUUUGGGUUCACGCCUUUGGCCCAGCGCUUUGACUCGUGGCAAGCCGGAAGCCCUCUCAAGAAUGAGCUCAAGGCCACGACGCCGAAGGGCGUCAAGUCCACGCCUUUGGGAGAGACCCGAAGCUCACCACUGAAGAACGAUUUCUUCGAAGACGAGAUGUCUGUUCGCCCUGAUACAGUGGCCAACGACUCCAUAAACGAAGAUGACCCGCUGGCUGGUAUCCCCGAGAUUAAGGAUCCCGUGGUUGAGGAUAUUUCCAUAACAGAUGAGGAUCUGGACCUUGCGGCAGAGGCGAAUGAAAUGUCUACGAUGUCGCCUGAGCAGGUCGAGUCGAUGCUCAACCUGGAUGGCCGUGAUGACACCAUGUCGGACGCUAGCCAAGAGUAUGGAGAUGAGAACGAGUUGCCCGCCGGAUUCGCCCAGAACGGCACGCCGGUACCUCCGGUCACUCCUCAGCGAACCCUUCGACGCGAAGUUCACACAGUAUCCAAGAUACCUCUGAAGCCUGCAGACGAGUCCACCCCGCCGCCACAACCAUCUUUGAAGAAACGAAGACAUAGCAUCUCUCGCCUUCCCGUGACGCGGCCAACGCACGGUCUGACUAGGAGUGCCACCGUCAUCUCCUAUUCGCCCUCGCACAAGCUGCAUGUCGAGCCUGCUUUCGAGGAGGCUGCAGAGGAAGAGGAAACUCGGUCACGAGCUGGGUCUGUGCCUCCUGUCACCCCUACCAAGUCCGAGGGCUGGUCAAACGCGGUCACUCCUGCCCGCACUCCUCGCCAAGACGUGGAUCCGGCUUUGCUUCGUGGAGCAGUCGUUUUUGUCGACGUCCACACCGUGGAAGGCGCGGACGCCAGCGCUAUCUUCGUUGAGCUCCUCACCCAGAUGGGCGCUCGGUGCGUCAAGACCUGGAACUGGAAUCCCAGUGACGAGGAUGCAUCUUCCAAGAUUGGAAUCACGCAUGUGGUGUACAAGGACGGUGGCAAGCGCACGAUGGAGAAGGUUCGUGAGACGAGUGGUGUCGUGCAGUGUGUUGGUGUGGGCUGGGUUCUAGACUGCGAGCGCGAGAAUGAAUGGCUCGAGGAGGCUCCUUACUACAUCGACACAUCCCUUGUUCCGCGCGGCGGCGCCCGCCGGAGAAAGUCCAUGGAGCCCAAGGCCCUUGCCAACCACAAUGGCACGCUGGUCACCGACUCUGCUGUCCGCAAGGCUUCGGGUCGGGAGAGCCAGGGUGCCCCAACUACGCCUGCGCCAGCAAAUCGCCGCGACAGUGCCCUGUGGAUGCAUUCUCCCGACUUUGAGGAUGAUGUCGGUGAUGACGACGAGGAACACCUCGAGAAGUUCUACGACGACCAGGAGGACUGGUUUGACACGGCGCCGCUGACGCCAGUGCCCAAGACCCCUGCACCAGAAGCCAUCCACCGGUUCGCUAUGGAGGCCACACCGGGCGGUGCGGACACUUCUAUCAGCGAGGCUGACGAGGAGGAGGAAGAGCUCUCGCAAGAGCAGCUCAUCCAGAGGACGUGCCCGCCAAAGGCACAGCACAUGUACGAGAACCUGGGCGCGGGGAUCCUGGGUCGGAGCAAGGACGAGAACGUGGUCAGGCGGCUGAUGGAUGCUCGACGCAAGAGCCUCGCAUUCGCACCUAAGGUGUCGAGUCCGCUGGCCAAGAGCUGGAAGGAUUGGAAUUGA